GGGGCUCCAGCCCGGAUGUCGCCAUCUUUAACACAAGUCAUGUCUGCCCCUGGCUCUGCGGUGUCUGGGACCACGGCGUCGGUUCUGCAGCCGCGGUGGAAACGGGUCCUCGGAUGGUCCGGCCCAGUUCCCCGGCCCAGGCACGGACACAGGGCUGUGGCUAUAAAGGAGCUCAUGGUCGUCUUCGGUGGUGGGAACGAAGGAAUUGUGGAUGAAUUACACGUAUACAACACCGCAACAAACCAGUGGUUUAUCCCGGCGGUCCGUGGCGAUAUACCCCCUGGUUGUGCUGCGUAUGGUUUUGUCUGUGAUGGCACAAGGUUGCUGGUGUUUGGAGGAAUGGUGGAGUAUGGGAAGUACAGCAACGAUCUCUAUGAGCUACAGGCCAGCAGAUGGGAAUGGAAAAAAUUGAAAGCUAAAAACCCGAAGAAUGGGCCCCCUCCUUGUCCCCGUCUUGGCCACAGUUUUUCCCUGGUUGGCAACAAGUGCUACCUGUUUGGUGGAUUGGCCAAUGACAGUGAGGACCCAAAAAACAACAUUCCCAGAUACCUAAAUGAUCUAUACACACUUGAGCUUCGCGCUGGCUCCAGUGUGGUUGGAUGGGAUAUUCCAAUCACAUACGGAGUUUUGCCUCCUCCGCGUGAGAGCCACACUGCUGUGGUUUACACAGAAAAGACAAGCAGGAAAUCUCGCCUGAUAAUCUACGGAGGGAUGAGCGGAUGUCGUCUCGGAGAUCUGUGGACACUCGAUAUUGAUACCCUGACAUGGAACAAACCAUCUGUAAACGGCACAGCACCGCUUCCCAGAAGUCUUCACUCUGCCACCACCAUCACAAACAAGAUGUACGUUUUUGGAGGAUGGGUUCCUCUGGUAAUGGACGACGUCAAAGUGGCCACACAUGAGAAGGAGUGGAAGUGCACAAACACUCUAGCCUGCCUAAAUCUUGAUUCCAUGUGUUGGGAGACAGUGUUGAUGGAUACUCUUGAAGACAACAUCCCCAGGGCUCGUGCUGGUCACUGUGCUGUGGCCAUCAAUUCCAGACUCUAUGUUUGGAGUGGCCGUGACGGUUAUCGUAAAGCUUGGAACAACCAAGUCUGCUGUAAAGACCUCUGGUACCUGGAAACAGAGCGACCACAUGCCCCUGCCCGGGUGCAGUUAGUCCGUGCCAACACAAACUCUCUGGAGGUGAGCUGGGGUGCUGUCUCCACUGCUGACACCUACUUACUCCAGCUACAGAAGUAUGACAUCCCUGCAACUCCAGCUGCAGCCUCACCAGCCAUGAGCACAGCCCCCACGCAGCCUGUGAACUCUCCAAAGAGCCCUGCACUGGCUGCAGCAGCACCCUCCGCUCAGAGCCUGCCACAGACAGCCGUUUUGAAAGUUGCAGCUCAGCAGUCUGCAACAGGCACAUCUGUUGUUACAGUCCGCCCCAGCCAGCCUGGGAAAUCCCCCGUCACUGUGACAUCUCUUCCUCCAGGUGUCCGAAUGGUAGUGCCUGCCCAGACCACCCAAGGAUCGCCAAUUGGCAGUAGCCCUCAGAUGAGUGGCAUGGCAGCUUUAGCUGCAGCAGCUGCAGCAACACAGAAGAUCCCACCCUCCUCUGCAGGCACUGUCCUAAAUGUUCCUGGGGGUGCCACCAUACUCAAGACGGUAGCCGUUUCCCCCGGCACAACCACAGUGAAAAUGGCUUCACCGGUCAUGGUCAGUAACCCGGCCACCCGGAUGCUGAAGACUGCUGCAGCUCAGGUGGGCACAGCAACUGCAUCCUCUCCCACCAACACCAGACCCAUCAUCACUGUGCACAAGUCUGGUGCAGUCACGGUCGCCCAGCAGGCCCAGGUGGUAACCACUGUGGUGGGAGGCGUCACCAAGACCAUCACCCUGGUCAAGAGUCCCCUCACUAUGGGCGGCAGUGGCACUCUGAUCUCCAACCUUGGCAAGAUGAUGUCUGUGGUACAAACCAAGCCGGUGCAGACAUCAGCUAUCACAGGCCAGGCUUCCACCAACCCUCUCACACAGCUCAUACAGACAAAGGGUCAGCUCCCGGCUGGCACCAUCCUGAAGCUGGUGACCUCUGCCGAUGGCAAGCCCACCACCAUCAUCACCACUUCCCAGGCAGGGGGCACAGGAAACAAGCCCACUAUCCUCAACAUCAGUGGCGUCUCUCCCACUACCACCAAGCAGGGCACUACCAUCAUUAAGACUAUCCCCAUGUCAGCCAUCAUGUCCCAGUCUGGAGCCACAGGUCCAAACUCACUCACGUUGGCUGCGUUACAACGACACGCCUCAACAGCCUGUGUAACAAGCAGUGCAGGCAUUAAAACGCCUAUCACAAUUCUUACUACAAAGGUGAUGACCACUGGAACUCCUGGUAAAAUCAUCACUGCCGUUCCCAAACUUGCUACUGCAGCCGGCCAGCAAGGAUUGACACAGGUGGUUUUGAAGGGUGCUCCCGGACAACCAGGAACUAUUUUGCGUACUUUGCCCAUGGGCACAGUGGGUGGCGUUCGACUUGUUACACCAGUGACGGUGUCUGCUGUGAAGCCAACUGUCACCACUCUGGUUGUGAAGGGGACGACUGGUGUCACCACCCUUGGAACAGUCACUGGCACAGUCUCCUCUAGCCUGGCAGGAGGCACUGUGGACAGCUCCAACGCCUCCCUUGUUACCCCCAUCACCACACUAGGGACCAUUGCUACCCUGUCCAGCCAGGUCAUCAGCCCAGCUGCCAUAACUGUGUCAGCUGCUCAGACCAGCCUGACUUCUGCCUCCUCACUGCCCUCCUCUACCAUGACAGUGCAGAACCAGCCAACCCAGGUGACUCUGAUCACAACUCCCAGUGGAGUAGAAGCCCAACCAGUGCAGGAUCUACCAGUUUCCAUCCUGGCUUCACCGACCUCUGAGCAGCCCAGUUCCACUGAGGCUGGAGCAGCUGGUGAAGGUUCAGGGACCGUCACCCUGGUCUGCUCUAACCCCCCCUGUGAAACCCACGAGACGGGAACCACCAACACAGCCACCACCUCCUCUGCUACAAUUGGAGGCGGACAGGUCUGUUCUAACCCACCGUGCGAGACCCACGAGACGGGAACCACCAACACAGCCACCACCUCCUCUGCUACAAUUGGAGGCGGACAGGUCUGUUCUAACCCACCGUGCGAGACCCAUGAAACAGGAACCACCAACACAGCCACAACUGCGUCCUCGAACAUGUCAGCGCUCCGCGUGUGCUCCAACCCGCCAUGUGAGACCCACGAAACUGGGACAACUAACACAGCCACCACAGCAUCCUCUAACAUGGGAGGGGUCCCACAGGUGUGCUCCAACCCACCCUGUGAGACCCACGUGACGGGAACCACCAACACAGCCACCCAGGCAGCAUCCAACAUGAAUGCAGGUCAGACGGGCACCUCGCAGAGCUCGUGCUCCAACCCACCCUGCGAAACCCACGAGACGGGGACCACCAACACCCCCUCCACAGCCACCUCCAGUAUGGGAAGUGACCAGACCAGCACAGCAUCGGGCCAGGUACAGAGGGUGUGUUCCAACCCGCCCUGCGAAACCCACGAGACGGGGACCACCAACACCUCGUCCACGGCAACCUCCAGUAUGGGAGGUGACCAGACCAGCACACCAUCGGGCCAGGUCCAGAGGGUGUGCUCCAACCCGCCCUGCGAAACGCACGAGACUGGGACCACCAACACGGCCACUACUGCCACCUGCAACAUGGAGACAGGCGAAGGCACAGCCCAGCAGACAGAGGAAGAAAGCGAAGGUACCAGCAGCACAGAAGUGGCCUCUACCACUGCAACAACUGGCACGGUCACCAACACCCAGGGCAGGGCCAUCACUACUGUCACACAGUCUACACCAGCCCCUGGACCCUCUGUACCGUCGAUUUCAUCAAUCACAGAGGGCGGGAGUACUGCCGCCAGCUCCACAGAGGAACCAAUGCAGACUGACGAGGCAGCAGCAGCAGAAGCUGCACCCGCCGAGGAGGCAGCUACAGCUAUGGAGACACAAGCAGAAGGAGAAGCGGCAGCAGCAGCAGCAGCAGCAGCAGCAGCAGCAGCAACAGAUUUGAACCUGCCCUCCGAGCUGAUGUCUGAGGGUCAGGGAGCCACGCUCAUGGUGACGGGGCUGUCGGACGAGGAGCUGGCUGUGACCGCAGCAGCAGAGGCCGCCGCCCAGGCUGCAGCCACUGAAGAAGCCCAGGCCCUCGCUAUCCAGGCUGUCCUCCAGGCAGCCCAGCAGGCUGUGAUGAAUGAAAGCGAUUCCACUGGGGAGAGCCAGCAGCCCACCACCAUCCCAAUCAUGCUGACCCAGCAGGAGCUCGCUGCACUGGUACAGCAGCAGCAGCAGCUGCAGGAGGCGCAGGCUGCGGCCCAGCAGGCCACCGUGGACACGAGCUUGCCCACCGAGGGUCUGGCCCCCGCCGACAGCCUCAAUGACCCGUCCGUGGAGAGCAACGGACACAACGAGAUGGCUGCCGCAGUCACCAGUGCCGUCGCAUCUCUGCUGCCGCGCACCACUGCUGAGACACUUGCUCCAUCAAGUACCUUUGCGCCAUCUGUAGCGGUGGCAAGUCCAGCCAAGCUGCAAGCAGCAGCUGCUCUUACAGAGGUCGCCAAUGGCAUCGAGGGAGAGAAGCAGGCGCCUCAGCCAACUCCGGUGAAACCCGUCGUGAAGAAAGAGAAUCAGUGGUUCGACGUCGGAAUCGUAAAAGUGACAAACAUGGUUGUCACCCACUUCUAUGUGCCAGCAGAUGAUUCUCACGGAGAUGACGAUUCUGGCGUCAUGCCAGACUACAGCCAGAUGAAGAAAAUGGAGUUGCAGCCGGGAACGGCAUAUAAGUUCCGCGUGGCCGGAAUCAACGCUUGUGGUCGCGGGUCUUUCUCGGAGAUCUCUGCUUUCAAGACUUGCUUACCAGGUUUCCCAGGGGCCCCUUGUGCCAUCAAAAUCAGCAAGAGCCCAGACGGCGCCCACCUUACCUGGGAGCCACCCUCGGUCACAUCAGGGAAGAUCAUCGAAUAUUCUGUGUACCUGGCCAUCCAGAGCAACCAGACAGCUGAAGCCAAGGCCUCCACCCCGGCCCAGCUAGCCUUCAUGCGAGUGUACUGUGGACCCAACCCCUCGUGCUUGGUGCAGUCGUCCAGCCUCUCCAAUGCCCACAUCGACUACACCACCAAGCCUGCCAUCAUCUUCCGCAUCGCCGCCCGCAAUGAGAAGGGUUACGGUCCUGCCACUCAAGUCCGAUGGCUGCAGGAAUCUGGCAAAGAUGCUGCCUCUGCAAAACCGGCCCCCAAAAGACCAGGCACCUCUCCUGAUACUAAGGCUACUGGUCCAAAGAAAGCAAGGACGGAUCAGUGAGGUCGCCCAGAGACCCCUCCCAGUCUUUUGUCCUUUUUCCACUUGCUGUCCUUUUAUCAGGAAGACUGACCUUCACCCCUCCUCCACCACCUCAUCCUCAUCCUAAUCUCAUCUUCCACCCUCAAGUCUCAGAUCAAGACAGCAGUGGAGGCAGAACAACCGAAUGAAGCCGAAGUUGAAAGUCAAUCUGAGAGAUUUUUCUGUAGAUAAAAAACCUCCUUCCUCCUCGUUCUGUUGGUCGUACUAUUUUUAGAGCAACACAAACUUAGAAGCACAUUAUCUUUUUCAGUCACAUCCUCUUCCAUCCUUUAACAUCUAUUUUUGGCUUGUUUCAGUAGUUGAGCAGUAUAGAGAAGCAUUUACAUCUUUUCACAAACUGGGAGUCAGCCUGAGCGCAAUGUUACCUUUUUUUUGUAUUUGUUUUCUGAAUCCUGGGGGGAUGUAGACAGAGACUACAUAAAAUGAUGUACAGUGUUGAAAAAGGCUGCGGAGGCAUUAGUUUAGACAAGAGGAAAAAAUCGGUAUGGAAACAAAUAAAGCACUUGUCCUCAAUGAACGAGGACAUCCAAUUUUUUUUCCUUUCUUUUUGCUCAAAACAAAUUUGCAUCAUCAAGAACCAAGUCUGUAUAGUCAUCGUACUGGACUCCAGUCUCCUGGUAAUGUCAUCACUGUGCGCUUCUUACCCCGAGAUGAGGACUGGUGGCCGACACUUCGAAGUGGACAAAAAAAAACAGAACGACAAAGGAAGAGAUUUGUAGAAAACCAACGACAGACUUUGCUAGAACUGAGACUUGCAGCACACAGAAAAAAAAAAUCUUGCAAAAAACCUUCCCAAAAAAUUAGCAAGCAAUGACGCAGAUCUUUUGUGUAGUUUAUUUUUGUAUUUUUUAAGCUUUUUUUUUUUCUCUCCUGUGUGUACGUGUAUGUUGUGUGCAUUUUUAAAAAGCAUCACUUUUUUUAACUGUUGUUCAUCCCCAUAGUUUGUGUUCGUGGGAAGAUGGGUGGCUGCGUUGAGGUUGCCACUAUAUUUUUAAAAGAAAAAAAAAAUCUUCAUUCAGUUGGCCGUAUGUUCCUGUUGUUGACAGACGGUGGCGAAAGAGAGAAAGACUUUUGUAUCUGUUCCAAGUAGAACCGCAGAGGUUAUAGGACUGAAGGGAACUUUGAAGUGGACCCAGGGAGAGGACAGUUUUUGACUUUUGUUUACUACUCAAUGCUUGUGUUGCUCUGUUUUGCCAAACAUGGAAUUUCUCGGAGGGGGUAUGUGGAAAAUCAAACAUGAUCUUUUCAUACCCCCCCCCCCCCCCCCUUAAUAUCCCAGUCAGUUGUCCUACGCUUUUUAUGCUCAUGAAUGUGGUGUCUCACCUCUUUCUUUAAUUUUUAGAAUGGCAAAUUAUAUUAGUAGACCUAUUUUCCCAAUCCUUUUUGAUGUAUGUGAAUCCAUUUAAUAAAUUUUAAUUUUUUUCCUUC